GACUGACCCCCAAGAAAAAUGUAAACAAGGUAUUUAUAAUUUCAUUUUUCAAGUAUUAUCUUUAAUUAUAGACUACUGAUAAUAAUUUGGUAAUAGUGUUCCAUUGAAUUUUUCUGUGCUUUAUCUUACAACCAGCAUGGACUCUUCAAUUUGUGAACGACAAUUUGUCAAGGUUAUAUUUAAUAAGCAUGUUUUUAUCACGAUAUUCUUCUAUUAGACUGUUAUCGAGCGUCAUAAUACAAUCAAACAUGAGCUCUUUGCAACGAAAUUAUAAGGAUGCUAUUGAGGCUUUGAAUGGAUUGCAGACAAACGCUCAGUACAUCAAAAAUGCGGCUGCUAAACCUAAAGCUGCUACAAAUAUCCCAGAAGUGACUAAAUUUCUGAAUAGAUCAGGCAUAUCUCUGGAACACCUAGACAAGCUUUCUGUUAUCCAUAUCACUGGAACCAAUGGGAAAGGUACCACUUGUGCCUAUUGUGAAAGAAUCCUUCGUGAUCAUGGAUACAAAACAGGGUUUUAUUCUUCCCCUCAUCUCCUAGAUGUUCGAGAAAGGAUCAGGAUCAAUGGAAAACCUAUUUCCAAAAAGGAUUUUGCACAGUAUUUCUGGAGAAUGUUUGACCUCUUAGACAAACACAAGAGGGAUCCAAAUGAUAUGCCUCUAUAUUUUCGAUUUCUCACUAUUCUAGCAUUCAAUAUAUUUCUAGACCAAAAGGUUGAUGUGGCUAUAAUUGAAGUAGGCAUCGGGGGUGAAUAUGAUUGCACAAAUGUUCUGAGAAAAACCAAGGUUGUGGGUAUCACCCCUUUGGAUUUGGACCAUACUUCCCUUCUGGGAAACACUUUAGAAUCCAUUGCAUGGAAUAAAAGCGGCAUUAUGAAAGAAGGAUGCAUUGCCCUGUCAGCCUGUCAGCCUGAGAGUGUUUUGCAAGUUUUUCGGGAACGCAGUAAAGAACGAAAAUGCACGUUUCAAGUGGUUGAAAAAGAUUCCUUUGUAGAAAAUAAUUCGAAUUUUCCUAGCCAUAUUCAGAGUACUAAUGCCAGUUUGGCUUUGGCUUUAAGUGAGGCCUAUAUAAAUCAAGAUAAUAACAACUCGAAACCUUUUUCCCUGGAUUUAGCAAAAAAGUCGAUAGAACAACAACACUGGCCCGGAAGAUAUGAAAUCAAACGCAUUGAAAAUCUAUCGUUUUUUUUGGAUGGUGCCCAUACUCUCGAAAGUAUCCGCGUAUGCAGAGAUUGGUUCCUCUCUCAUACCCGAAAACGCCCCUCUAAACGCACCCUUAUAUUCAAUCUAACAGGAGACAGAGACCCUGACAUAUUCUUCAAAGAAUUGGCUAGCUGUCACUUUCAAUCUGUGAUAUUCACACCGAAUGUAGGGACAAGCAAUGACAGGGCAGAUAUAAUAGACUUCAUUCUGCCAGAAGACAAGCAGUUAAUGAGGUGCUUGGAUUACAAAAGAAAAUGGGUUGAUAUGGAAGCGUCAUCUACCGAUAAAGUUGAAACUGUACACGUGGCGAGGACAUUUUCGGAAGCAGUGGAAUCUCUCAAAGACGGUAGCGAACGGGACAUUUUAGUCACUGGUUCAAUCCACCUGAUUGGGGCUGCGAUGUCAGUUUUAGAUCCUACCCUCGAUGGGGCUCUGAGUGAUUAGAAUGUGAUAUAUC